AUGGUCCAAAACUGUGCGGAACUUCAUUUCGCAUUGCCAGAGACGAAUUGCCAGAAUAAUUGGGAGGUUGCUGUAUGUUUCACUCAAUUCCGAGCUUUUCUGGUAAGGUUUUCAUUGUUUUUUUCUUGAUUUUUAGGUGAAGGAUGUAAAAUGAGACAUUUUGAUGUGAAACAGGCUAUUUUCAAUCUUAAAAUUGUUGUAAACACACGGAAAAGUCUUCUGACACCUUGUUUUAGUUAAUUUAAAAUUAUUAGGUUAAAAUAUAUUGCUAAAGAAAAAGUUGAAAUAACAUGGUUUGAUGGUGAAUAUCGGGAAAUGGCUUGUGUCUUGGCGGGUUUUUGUCUGAAGUUUUUGUUAUUUUUCAUAUAGUUAGAGUAGACAUUAGUGAAGCUGUGCAUGUAGUUUUGGAUUGAAUAGUUCAGGCUUCAUUUCUUUGCAGCAUUUUUUAUAUUACUUAUGGUGUUAGUCAAGAGAAAUGUUAUUAUUCCUUUAUUUUGCGAAAAUAGAGCAUUUUUAUAUAUAUUAAUAGGGCUUUUUAAGUUUUGUAGAUGUUAUCAAAGCUAUAUUAUGGCAAUUAUAAUUAAAGAAAUAUUUUAGUUGGCAAAAACAGCUGGAUUAGCACCAAGUUGGUUUGACCACGAGAAUUUGGCCGAGUUCGAACUUUUUCGGGUUUCUGACGUUGAAAUCAACACUGAUAAACGUGUAUUUGUUUUGCCAGAGUUUAGCGGCCCUUGUUACGAGUAUUUGAAGAAUAUUCGGGUGAAGUAAGUGUUCUUUACAACUAGGUUUAUGUGUUUAUCAUGGGUAAUAUAAACAAUUGAAAGCUCAAUUUGCUGCUAUGUGUUUUUAAUGGAUUUUUACUUGAUUCUGUAAAAAAUGUAUAUUUUAGGAUAAUUUCACCUUUGGUGGUUAUACAGUGCUACUUUUGGGGAAGAGAGUUACCCAUGAGAAUGCUGCCGACUUGGUCGACCGUUCUUUCUGGACAUUACGUUACAGUUCAAGGGUUUGCGUUAGAUCAAGAAGUAAUUUGAGUUUAAAGCGUUUGUUUACAUGUUUAGGAGUCUGUUAUUUUGAUAUUUAAAGAUGUAACAUAGACUUUUUUGAUUAAAAUAAAAGUCUUGAAAAUCAGAUUUGUUUAUCCAAUUCGACAAAUCUCAAGUAUAAUAUAAAUGUUGAUUCUGAAACUAAAAUUUAAAAAGAAUUGUUUAGGACGAUAUUCGAGCACGUAUCUUAAGGUUGGGAGGAGCUGUUCGAAGAGUAUUCACAGAGAAAACGACUAUUUUAUUGGUGCGCGAGUUCUGUAAAACAGAUCGUGAUGUUAAGGUAAGCUGUCAUGAAUAAUAUCAACUUUGAGCUACAUUUUUUCAGCUUUAGGUAUUGAAUUUGUGUUUGAAAUGUAUCUCAAAUAUUGGCUUUUAAUUGAUGUUAGACUUGAAGUGCUACUCUGUUGGGCUCGUACAGGUCGUUAAAAAACAUGCUAUAGCUGUCAUAAACAAUAUCAAGAUUAAAGCCAAAUUUCAGAACAAUUUUCCAACUUUUCGAUGCUUAACUUAUUCAGAAUAUAGUUGAGAAACCUGUCUUUUAAACCAUUUACCCCAUAGGCAUGAUUAAAGUUGAUAAAAUACGAAAUUCAGUUGAUUUGUAGGCCAUCAUCGCCGCGAAAGGCAAUGUUGUUGGUUUGGGAUGGUUGGACGUGAUCUGGGACCGUGCUCAUUCAAUGGAGAACGGCGAAAAUGACUUUAUUUGUGAGGAAUUGUUUUCAACUUUUGAACAACCCGCUGCUGCCGACCUUCACUCAAUAAUAUCACAACCAUUUGACAUUAAGACCUGGGUGAACAACAUCACGAGUCAGGCCUCGAUAUCGACUAUAAAUCAAAGUUUACGAAUACCGGAAAUUAGUGUAAGUAUCAGUAUUUUUAAGGGAAUGAUUAGGUUUUUAAAAAAUUUUAAAAAAGUGGACAUGUUAUACGAUGAAAAAUGUCCAAGAAGUUUAUCCAACUAAAACAAUAUAAGAACUCCUACUUGAAUAAAAAUAGUAACUGAAGUGGUAUUUUGAGCAAGAAAACGAGUUCCAUAUCGAUUUAGGUUUAAAAAUGUUACUUUUUACCUAUUUUCACUAUGUAAUCAAGCAAAAACUGAUAUUGAUGUACUUUAGCAAGCAUCGGACAAAGAAAAUCGUGUCACCGAUACGACAAUGACUACAACGAAACAUACGACGGGUGAAAAGCCAAGAGGACGUUCGUCUAUAAUGUCAAAUUAUGUUAGUCGGUCUACAAUCAAGGACAAAUCUAUGGAUAUCACGGAUGAUGACUUGAAUGAACAGAUUUCGGAAAUCUCGAUUAUUGAAGUGACUCCGGACAACUCAGAUGAAUUGAAUAGUAAAGAAGAUUGUGAGUUUGUUAUUAGUUUAAUUAUGUACGAGUUUGAUUGGUUAGAGUGUUAAAAAAUGCGGUUUUAAUGUGAAUGGGGGGGGGACGCUUGGACAUGUUUAGAAGAUAUAUAAUAAUAUAAGUUGCCUUUAGUAGUAUAACCUCGCCUAAUAUUAUGUAUUUUUACUAUAAAUUUGUCUUAAAACACCGAUUUAAAUUUAAAAAAAUUUUUCUGAUAUUACUUUAGGUCCAUCACCCUCGAUGAUCGAAAACGAAUCGAUGGGAUUCGCGCCAUCACGACAUUUGUUUAACGAAGCUGGCCAAAUUCUCGCCAGCCCCACGCAAUCCAAGAUGGAUCAGCUGCUGGACGAAUCGGAUAGCGGCGAAAUUAUCGUGCACCGCGAGAGAACGGCCGAAAAGCUGGCCAGACGACAACGAACCGCCGACAUGGUGUCGCUGGACGAAAUGGAGUCAGUCUUCGAAGCUGCCAGCAUCGGAAGCGACUACGAAAGAUAUCUGGAGCGGGGUGGAGAUUCUUCGCGGGAACUGAGUCCUGUGGAUACGAAGGUAGGUUGUUUUAGGGUGUUGAAGCUUCAACUGGUGUAAACUGUUUUACCCCUCUCCUUUCUCACUACCCCCUGUUCCCUUCUUCUCUCUCUCCUCAACAUAUCGGCUCCAUAUUGUGACUAUUAACACGAUUUUCUUUAGGUAUCAUAUCAAAAACGGCACCUGAUCUACACGAACACUGACCAAAAACGCAUCAGAAUCCCAUCACCAAACGACAGUCUUUUCAGCGACGAAUCGGUCGAAUUAAACCUUAAAUCCAUUAAUACGAAGCCGAAGCCUCGAUCGAGAAUGGCGAGCAAUCUGGGACCACCAUCCGGCAUUCUCUACGGCCAUAAUAUUAUUUGGCAGGACAAGUGGGUGUUUUGCAUUGGAAAUGAGGAUUUUUGGGAUAAAAUUGGCGUUUUUGUUUGACAUGGAAACUUUUGGGUUCAUACGUUGUUUUUGGUCACAGAAAUUAGAAAUUUGUGAUAAGAACUUAGUUUUUUUUUAUUUGAAAAUGACAAUUUUUCAUUUUUUUCAUUAAAAUUGACUAUUUUUGGGCUAAAAGUGCCAUUUAAAGACGCAAAUGAAAUUUUUUGAAAUUUUUAAAAAUUUUUUUAUUAAAAAUCAAGAUUUUGUCCAGUUUUUUCUAACUGCCGUCUUUCCAGAAUGUUCAACGAAUCUCGCGAACUAACUCAAGAUCCCAACCAACCUCCAUCACAAUAUUCUGGUUAUGCUCGAGAUCUGGCCCAUCGACGCAUCCAAUUCGACAGUAUGAGACAAUACGAGUCGUAA